UUGCCCAUGACGCCGGAGAGAAGUUCUGACAGCUGAUUCUCCAGUCAGUUUAAAUCCACUGUGAGCCUCCAGAUCCCCUGUUUUUUGAAGUGAUUUACAGCGGGACGUGCCUGUUACAGUCUCCGGUUGGAGUUGCAGACGGCGCCUUGAACAGAGGAGGGCAGGUUGAUUAUGGUGUAGCACGGAGCGCUAGCUCUGAGACAGCAGGCAUUUGAGCAGCAGUGCAGUGCAGUGCAGCGUGGGGCAGACCGAGGCAGAUCACAGCAACGUAGCCAUGCUUACACUGGCCAGUAAACUGAAGAGGGACGAUGGAGGAAAGACGGGGCGUGCCUCCGGAGCCUCCGACUCCACCCACAGGGUCUCCAUCAGGGACCGCCUCCUUACCAAAGAAGUUGCAGAACUUGAAGCCAAUCUCCCUAGUACAUGUAAAGCCAGUUUCCCAGAUGAGGACAAGCUGCAUCAUUUUCAGCUGGCAGUGUCUCCUGAUGAAGGUUACUACCAAAGUGGAAGGUUUCAGUUUGAAAUAGAUGUUCCCGAAGCCUAUAACAUGGUGCCUCCUAAAGUGAGAUGUCUGACCAGAAUAUGGCAUCCUAACAUCACGGAGAACGGAGAGAUCUGUUUGAGCUUAUUGCGGGAACACUCUAUUGAUGGCACAGGCUGGGCCCCCACCAGAACAUUAAAGGACGUGGUCUGGGGGUUGAACUCCUUGUUUACCGACCUUUUGAACUUUGAUGACCCAUUGAACAUUGAUGCAGCAGAACAUCAUCUGAGGGACAAGGAGGAUUUUCGGAAUAAGGUUCAAGAUUACAUCAAGCACUAUGCCAGAUGAUAGAAGCACCUACAUCAGCCUGCACCAAUCAACCAAACUGCUCUACCUUGCCUCUGCUUAUCCUGGCCAACUCCCCAAUGUGUGUGAAUCAAAAGCAGACUCUUUGACUCUUACCACUCCGCUCCUAUUCACCCAACUGCAAUAAACUCCACCCUGCAGGAACAAAAUAAAAAAAAUUGAAGAAAAAAAUUUGUACGUUUAAGGAAGGACUUGCAUACAACAGAAAAAUAUGCUUUAAUUGUCUUGAACAGCUGAGUGUUACACAAUGACCGCAAUGUCCGUUCAUUGCGGCAAGACCGCUGAUUGCCGUCGCCUCGCUGACGUGCCCCUGAGCCUGUCGGAAAUUAGCCAUGGCAACGAAUGGCAAGGGAUUUGAUGUGAAGAUUCAUCGGUGCAAAAAAGAAAAAAAAAAAGAAAAAAAAGGCGCAUUUAGCUGUUUUAAAAUUUGAUGAAUCAAGAGGAAGAAUAUCUGUUACUAUCUCUGUUCUAGUGCCUGCCAUGUUUGUGUCGCUAAAGAGAAAAUGCAUGUGAGUUCACAAACACACACACGCACACCGUUACAUCCUGUGGUGAAAGGUGAAUACAUGUGUAGACAUUUCUGUACACGUCUGUUACUCACACACACACACACUUGGAAAGCCUACAGCCCCCAGCACCACUAGACAGCAUGUGAAUGACCAUAUUGUCCCAUUUUGUUGUUAUUCUCCUUGCAUGUGUACACACACACAUCUAUGCACCAACCUUGUGUGUUUUCAGUGGGAUAAAGUACUACUACUAAAACCACAGCCAAAUGUACUGUUUUCAACUUCACAUCUUCUCUGCUGCCCUACUCUCCUCACAUCCCUCUGUUUCACACACACCGACACACACACACACAACCACGUGUACCUUUUUCCCAUUGAGGAUGCAGAGGUUUAUUCAUACUUACAAUGCAGUCAGGUGACAGUGACACAUUUUUGGUGUGAUCGCUCUGUACUUACACACAUUGGGUUUAAAAUGAAACAGUGACUAUGGGUUUGAGUUGCUGAUUCAGAUUUAAUUUUAUGUCUGUAACAGAUGAACAGUGUAGAAGUUGUAGCUCAUCUUGUUCAUAGUUCCCCAGGUGUAAUGGACAAAAUGUCAUUCAACAUGAAUUUAAAUCAGGUUUAAUCACUUUUUUUUGUUUUUAAAUAAUAAUGUAUCAGAUGGUAACGUGAUCAACAGUGUGUAACAAGUUGCAUGUAGUGAUGAACCUAUGAAGAAUUAUCAGCAGAGUCUGCAGCUCCCCUCAGCUUUAGAGAGCUUCAGCUCUUCGUUUAGAUUCUCACUACUCUGGCUGCAGCAGGCUGAAAGUCAGCACUUUAACCUCAUAGUCAUCGUUUCAUUUCAAUCUCUUUGUACUACAAUACAGAAUAAAAGCAUUUUACUGUCCCAAGACCUCAUGACUGCACUGUACAUAUCCUCUCCUUCUGUGUGUGGGAGAUUUCACAAGCUAAGAUACAGAGUAUGUGUUUCUGGGAAGAUGAUACUCCUGAACUCUCUUUUUGUGUGUGCAUAGACUGCAUGUUUCCACUGUCUAGACGUGUUGGGAAAAGUCAGCAGCAUCAGUUCAGAAAGCCAGUUAGACAGCAAGCUAACUAAUCAGAGACCGAGCUGUUGAGGUAUAAAGCUGGCGAGGGAGCUAACUAACGAGCGAGUCCCCUUUUCACCAAGUGUGUGUCAUUCUCAAUCCUUACAGUGUGGCAGGUUAGCUUACAGUAGGUUAAGCUAGGUCACAGUCACAGAGCUACUUCUCAUGGCAUUCAGUGGAUUAGCUUGCUCACUACAGUGCUUGUCAGCUAGCUCGCUUGCUGGUGGACUUGUAGAGGCAUUGCAAUUCCACUGAUGCACUGACAGCAGCAUACAGUGAGGUUUACAGCACAGUGGGAUGGCUCUGGGGCGUCUUCAAGAUCAUGUGAAACUGUCUUUAUAAGCCUCUUUUGUUGGGGACUUUGGCUGCACAGUGCAUGUUCAUUGUGUGUGUGUGUGUGUGUGCCAGAGAGACUGUACCACUCAAUUAGCCAGUGAGGGUGUGGUGUGUGCAUGUUUGUGUGUGUUUUGCUUGGCCCUGGCUAGCAUUGUGCCUCCUGUUUGAGUCGUAUCUCUUAACAUGGACCGUUGUCCGUCCAUCCAGCUUUGUCAUCACACGUCUGCAUGAGGCAAAGUCUGUAAUCUGCCAGGGAUGCAUUUUACUGAGGAUGUCAGAAAUGGAGUUGUUAAGGAUUGAGCCUUUACGUUGGAGGUAUGUGUAAAGACUGAACUUUUGUGCUUGUGGAGUGUGUGUGUGUGAGCGUAUGUGUCAGUAUGAUGUGUUGAAUGUUGAAAUGAUGUGACUUCUUAGCAUGCUCUGGUUUCUUCUUGCCCUUCAUUUCUUAUUCUGGCCCAUAGUUCAACAGCUCAAAUGACGUUGUUUUCCUUGUGAAAAUAAACAGAACAACAGACAACACUGGCCUCUGUCAAAAUAAAGGACCUGAGAGGAUGAUAGGUCCGUUGAAAGUGUGGCCAUUCCAUGGCGUUUUCCCAUGUGGUUUUGGUCCACUCAGGCCCCAAAGGUUAAUGCUACUGUCUAUUAAUUUGAAGCCAUCCUGUUUAAUUGCAGUGACAGUUAAUUACCUCCAUUAUAUGGUAGCCCAACACAAUGUACCUGAUCUUAGCCUUAGUAAUACUCUGACUUUAGCUUCCUGUUGGACACCUUGGCAUAGCUAUGUCCUUUAGAUCGGCAGUUAUCAGUGUUUAAUUUUCCCAGGAUGUUACUGGGAAAUGUCUCUGCUUGGGCUAACUCCAUCUUUGGGCCAGGGGAGAAUAACAACAACUUGUUCUUCAGAUCCUCAACCUUUUCUUUCUCAGAUUGUAUAUCCAUUUUUUAAGAUAUAUUAAAGAGAGAUAUAAAUAAAACAAUGUGUCUUGUUG